AUGGACAAUGUAAGAUCAAAACGGUUUGUAGCUAAAUUUAAUCUGGAUUGUGAAUGGAAUGCGUGUAAGGAAAAUUAUAAUGAUUUAAAUCCAUUUUUUAUCCACGUCAAAUCGCAUAUCUUUGAAAUUGUUAUCGAUUAUAAAGAAAUUGUCAAUUGCAGUAAAGAUUAUCAAUCAGAAUAUACAUGCCUAUGGCGAAAUUGUAAUUUUGCUACAAAGCUAACAUCUGAGUUUGUCAGACAUGUAUUAUUCCAUGCCUUUCAUUCUAAAUUAAAAUCUAUUGGGCAAACUGUAUUGCAAUUAAAUGAUCAAAUGUGUAAUUUGGAUCCAUUUAGUGCAAAUAUAUUACCUGAGCCAUUAGACCGUCUUGUAUGCCAAUGGGUAAACUGUGAGUACAAAACUGAAGAUCACCUUUUAUUUUACAUGCACAUUCAAUACCAUUUGAACGAUCUUGAGGGAGAAGCUGAAAAAUAUAACCCACCCAAAUUCAUAUGUGGUUGGAAAGAUUGCAAUUUGCAGUAUAGGUACAAAACAAAAAUAGAAGAGCAUAUGCGAACUCACACUCACGAAAAAACGAUAGCCUGUCCUACAUGCGGAUCCUUAUAUGCCAAUAAAAAUAAAUUUUCGGAGCACAUCAUGAGACAAGUCACGGAAGAAAAUCAAAAAUUUCGCUGCCAGUUAUGCAAAAAGCCUUUCGCGUCUCAAAAGAUUCUGAAAAUACACUGCAAGCAUCAUACAUCGUCAUACAAAUGCCCUUUCUGUCCUUUCGUAUUCGCCACGCCGGGUAACGUUAAGAAGCACAUAAACUACAAGCACCAAGAACAUCGCCCUUUUAAAUGCCAAAGUUGUGACAUCACCUCGAAAUCUAGGUACGACGCUCAGAAACACUUUGAAAUAAUUCACGGUCAAGAUAAAACCAAUGAAAUAUUCAGAUGUACCGCCAGCAUCGAGGUCAAUAAGUCUCAAACGCCGUGUCCAUUUGAGUGCAAAUCAGAGUUAGUGUUAUCUAGGCACUAUAGGCUUGAACAUCCUACACACGUUGUCUCGACCAUUCCAACUUUAAUAUCCAACCCGCCUCCUCCGCCGCUUACUUCUUCCGAAGUUGUUGAUAACUCGAAUCUCACGAAUUCGAUGUCCGUUUCUUCUUCUAACACCAAACCACCAAAAAAGAUCAAAAUCAUUCCUACGCUACGAUAUUUUUGUCACCUUUGCGAGAAAAAAUAUUCGCGCUCUGACAAAUUGAGUCGUCACUUGCAAACUAUACAUCAAUUCACCAAUCACAAUCAAAGAUUUCGCUACCAACUCUACGGGGACGGUAAUUAUCGGAUAAAACCACUAUUUAUUAUAGCUCUAGACAACGAUAAAAAUUCUAAUGAUUCCAUUAAUGACCCUAACAUUCCCUUUCCUCAUGCCGUCAAUUCUAAGCAACGUAAUACAAGUUGCCUCCCCAUAGCCUCAAACAAAAAUCUUUUACCCCAUAUUAAUAAUGAUGCCAGUUUAUCUAAUCUAAACAAUAUGUACAAGCCCGUUCUCAUUGACAACAUGGGCUACAAUUUCUCUAGUAGCGAGAAUGAGAACCUGUUAAUUUCCCCGAACCCCCUCCUGAACCAGCGACAUGAUUUCAACCCCCAUUUAAUCUCUAAAAAAUAUUUCGGGAAUGAUAAAGAUAUAGUGGUAGUGAAUAACAACAAUAACAAUCAGGGCAUCCAACAAUUUAAUUACGUCUUCAAUAAUUCUAAUCCCAUUCGUGAUGAAUCCGCAACCCAACAACGACUGUCUUACGAUGUUUUAGAAGCGGGCAACGCGGUUCGUUCUCAUAACUUUGAUAUGCAGCCUACACUAGAAUCCGGUAGCACUUAUCAUGUGUUGAAUUCUGUCAAGUUCAUCGAUCGAGAAAUAGUUUGAUAAGCUGUCCAUCAACGGGCCACGCUUUAAUAGAUCUUAUAAUUAUUUAGAUAACUCAUGUAUUUUAGUUAGGAAAUUGACAGAUUACUCUUUACAAGAUGUGGUGACUAAAUAGCGAAAAUCAUUUUAGCUGUAUACUUGUAACAAAUAAAAAUAGAAAAUUCUUUUUUUUUAAAAAAAAACUUAAUUAUAUUGACAUAAAUUAUCAAUAAUACUUAAAAUACUCGUCUCUCUUCCAAUAUGAUAUGAUUAAAUAAGAGAUUAGAAUUAUUAUUUUUUAACUAUAGUUAAUAAACCCCCCCUCCCCCUUAAUACCCUUUUUACCAGUUUUUAGCGUUUUUCAUUUUUCGAACGGCUUCCAAGAAAUAUAUAAUUUAAGGUGUAUCUUAUAACGAGUUAACGUUUUCCCCCUCUUUUCAUAUUAUAUAUUUCCGGCCUCUUAGGCCGUUAUAAACGGGUUUAUACUCUACUAUAUUUCAAUAAAAUUAUUUUGAUAAUUGAUUGUUUUUUUAUGGGGGACUUUUAAAAAAUCUUUAUUAGAAUAAAUUCCAUAUUUUUU